AUGGCGGGUCGUCAAUACGCCAGCCCUCAAUCCAAGGAGGAUUCUGCCUGGGCAUGGAUCGCUGAACACUACAACCAACCAGAGACCUAUGAGAUCCCCCUUCGUACCAUGUACGCCCUGAAUUCCACCGUUGGAGCUCAUCCCCCUUUCUCGCGUCUCCCCAAGAGUCCUGGCGCCGCCCCUACUUCGCCCUUCUCCCGUGAAUUCGACGGAAACGCGUUCCCUCCAUCGCGUCACAACCCCGGACACAAGGAGGAGAAAAACCCCGCGUUUAACGUGAACACCGCUGCUGCGCUUUUUAAAAUGCAUCUCAUGUCCCAGAUAUCUCAAUUGCCUUCUCAACCAUGUUCUCUACCCCCCAACUUUAUUGCUUCUUUUGUCCGCCGCUGUUUCCCGGAAAAUCUCGCGCUCGUCGACUUUCCCCAAGCAUUGACCGCCCUCGACUACCUCCGAGACCUUGAGCAGCGUCGGGGAAAAGAGAUCAAAGCUGCCUUGGAGAAGCUUGGAGUGCUUGACUGCGCCUUUGACAAAGAUGAUCUUGCCAGGCGGUAUCCGGGGGUUGCGAGCUGGAUCGAUUCGAUCAUGGAAAAGGAUAGAAUUGCUGCUGCUCUAUACUCACAAGUUUACCUCCGUCUUAGACAUUGGACUCUAAUUAAUGAGAUGCUUCUCCCUCCUUUCAACAAAGCACACUGCGUCGCCAUGCUCAAUACUCUUUUCCCCGCCGUGAUAUCUGUACGUCCUGCUGCCCACGUUUGUGAAAGGUUGCUCAUGGAAGAGCGACAGAGGUUCUUCAGGUACAUAUGCCAAGUAGAAGAUAAAGGUCAACGCGUGCUUGACCCCCUCAUUUCAAAGGACAAGCGGCCAGGGGAGUCUACAGGAUGGCCGGUGGUUCAUGAAUAUAUCAACAAAUACAUGUUCUCGGCAAUUGACAUCAUCAACGAAUGCUUCGAAGUCAACUGCCGCGACAGCCUCGAGGAACAAUCUGGAUAUUAUGGACAUAACAAGGGCCGAAAGGUCGAUUCGGGAAUCAGCUUUGGAUCCAACAGUGACUACCACCGCCCGUCAACCAGCAGCAGCUCCGGCAACACGACCAACGACAACCACAAUAAUAACAAUAACAACAACAUAAACCACAACUACAACAACAGCACGAGCACCACCUCCAGCAGAUUCUUCAACAAACCACUCCCGCCAUCCCCAACAGCCAAAGCGGCGAAACUGCCCAAGUCCAGCAAAAACAGCGGCAGCUCCACCCUAGAACGCAUCGGCAAGGAAUUGCGCAAGAUGCGCUCGCGCGGCGACUUCAUCGAGAACAAAGUCAAGCCACCCAAAUCAUCGCGUACCGUCGGGGCGCUCCGCAAAAUGCGCUCGGCGAGCAUUCUGGGCGAGCGCGAUCGAAGUCUUGGCAGUAGCCAUGGCGAGGACGAGUUUGACGCUGAGGAGUUUCGACGGAAGCGGAUGAUUUGGGAGGCGAAGCACAAUCAUACCCACAGCAACAGCAGCAGCAGCAGCAGCAGCAACAACAACAACAACAACAACAACAACAACAACCACAACAAUAUUAAGGCCAAUUCCAAUCACGCACAGGCCGAUGGGGCAAAUCCUCAUUGAAACAUAACAAACGAG